AAUCGUUCUAGCAGUUAGCGUUCUACCUAUACGGAGCAAAAGGCAAAACAAGUGCACAUACUGUAAAUGUAGGCUAGCUGGUGCACGCACAUCCGCAGUCCCCUUGAAUACACUACACUGCAACGGCAUUGCUCAAAAGCUCAUAGCAUCAAUUACAGUUCUUCGUCCGUGCUUAUCGAACACUCUGUUCUAAUUACAGCAUGAAUGGCUAAUAAACUUGUUUUCGCAACGGUUGACUAGCUUAUGUUUUGGCAAUGGGAGAAGGGAGUACGAAAUAGUGCUACUCCACAAAUCACAAAUGCAUCCCUUCAGCUUUCAGGUUGCAGUACUGCGGAAUGGGAAGUAUUUCCUUGCCUGGGAGCCGUAGUGAAGAGUGAGGGGAGGGGCUCCACGGAAGAACUGGCAAUCAGAAACCAGCAAUCGCUUCGGUCUUCUUUUUGCGGUAUCUUCCACAUUCAACAAGAGGCAUUUCGCUGUUUCACGGGUCAGUCUGGGCUUCUUUUAAUGUGAAAUUUGCCUCGCCAUCCGUGGGAAGGCACUUAGGAGCAAGGGGGGAGAAGAGAGAACGGAGGGGAAAGAGCCCCUGCAGCGAAGCAUAAAAGUAGGCUUUUAUCACCCAACGCUACAGGCUGCAAAGUGAGCAAGAACGUUUUUCUUCCCCUCUAAGACUAAAUGGUUUAAUUCUUUUGGGGUGUCUUCAAAGAAAGAUCAAACAGCGGGUACAAUGACUGAGAGAGAAUCGGCGACAGACACCGGAACUGCAGAGUCAGUAUCUUCUGUGUAUUCGUCUCCUGCGAAAAGUGUGGGAGAUCCUGGAAUCACACCUCUUUCGCCCUCGCAUUCUUUGAAAGACCCAGACCAGAAUGUUGCAGCGGGCCCACUGUACAUGGUGGUGGUGGCCAUUGAUUUUGGGACCACCUCCAGUGGUUAUGCCUAUGCCUUCACAAAGGAGCCGGAGUGCGUCCACACCAUGAGGCGUUGGGAGGGUGGAGAUCCUGGAGUGUCCAAUCAGAAGACCCCCACUACCAUCCUGUUGACUCCAGAAGGGAAGUUCCACAGUUUUGGCUACGCGGCCCGGGACUUCUACCAUGACCUGGACCCUAGCGAGUCCAAGCACUGGCUGUAUCUUGAGAAGUUCAAGAUGACGCUACAUACAACCGCUAACCUGUCAGUAGAGACCGAGCUGCAGGCAGCCAAUGGAAAGAGAGUAAAAGCCCUGGACAUCUUUGCGUAUGCUCUGCAGUUUUUCAAGGAGCAGGCACUGAAGGAGCUCAGCGACCAAACGGGCUCCGAGUUUGACAACGCGGAUGUGAGAUGGGUGAUCACUGUGCCGGCCAUUUGGAAGCAGCCGGCAAAGCAGUUUAUGAGACAGGCAGCUUAUAAGUCUGGCCUGGUUACCCCUGACAACCCUGAGCAGCUAAUCAUAGCCCUGGAACCGGAAGCUGCUUCCAUCUACUGCAGGAAGCUCCGCCUCCACCAAAUGAUUGACUUGAGCUGCAAGACGGCUGUGAAUGGCUGCAGUCCAACAGAGAAUGUGGGAGCUGGGAUGACACAGGCUAAGGAGCAUGUCCGGCGCAAUCGGCAGAGCCGCACCUUUUUGGUGGAAAAUGUCAUAGGAGAGCUUUGGUCGGAGCUGGAAGAAGGCGAUCGCUAUGUAGUUGUGGACUGUGGAGGAGGCACAGUGGAUCUGACAGUUCACCAGAUCAGGAUGCCUGAAGGUCAUCUGAAGGAACUUUAUAAGGCUUCAGGGGGUCCUUAUGGCUCUAUUGGUAUAGACUACGAAUUUGAAAAGCUACUGUGCAAGAUCUUUGGGGCAGAUUUCAUAGAACAGUUUAAGAUCAAGCGACCGGCAGCCUGGGUGGAUCUAAUGAUUGCGUUCGAGUCUCGGAAGAGAGCAGCAGCACCAGACAGAACCAACCCCCUGAACAUCAACUUGCCCUUCUCCUUCAUUGACUACUACAAGAAGUACCGGGGUCACAGUGUGGAGCACGCGCUGCGCAAGAGCAAUGUGGACUUUGUGAAAUGGUCAUCUCAAGGAAUGUUGAGAAUGAACCCAGAUGCAAUGAACGCCCUUUUUAAGCCCACCAUUGACCACAUUAUACAACAUCUCAGUGAACUCUUCCAGAGAGCGGAAGUUUCCAACAUCAAAUUCUUGUUCCUUGUCGGUGGCUUUGCCGAGUCUCCCCUGCUGCAGCAGGCCGUUCAGAACAUGCUCCAGGGGCGCUGCCGCAUCAUCAUCCCGCACGACGUGGGGCUCACCAUCCUGAAGGGCGCCGUGCUGUUCGGCCUGGACCCCAGCGUCAUCAAGGUGCGCCGCUCUCCGCUCACGUACGGCGUGGGGGUCCUGAACCGCUUUGUGGAGGGCAAGCACCCCGCGGAGAAGCUGCUGCUGAAGGACGGCACGCGCUGGUGCACCGACGUCUUCGACACCUUCAUCUCCGCCGACCAGUCCGUGGCGCUGGGCGAAACGGUCAAGCGCAGCUACACGCCAGCCAAGCCCUCCCAGCUCGUCAUCAUCAUCAACAUCUACUGUGCCGAGCAAGACGAGGUCGUCUUCAUCACCGACCCCGGGGUGAGAAAGUGCGGCACCCUGCGCCUGGACCUCACCGGCACCGAGAGCCCGGCCGCGCGCCGUGAAAUCCAAACAAUUAUGCAGUUUGGGGACACUGAGAUCAGGGCCUUGGCCGUUGAUGUGGCCACCCAAAAGAGUGUCAAGGCCAACAUCGACUUUCUCAACAAUUAACAUCUGCCAACUCCGCAGCCUCCAGCUCGUUGCAAAGCUUGCAAGACUUGUAAGGUUCCAGCCAUUAUGGGGCGGCAGGGUGGGGUCACCCAUUAGAAAGCUAUAUUAUUUGUCAGUAGUCAAACGGUUAAGACAUUACACUCCCUUUAGACAUUGCAAUCCAAUAGGUUUAAUUGUACCUCGAGUUUUCACAACAGCCAUUUUAAAUUGAAGCAUUUACAUGGGAAUGUCUGAGACUCACUGUCCCCUACUCUUGGACCAAACUUUUGCUCAUACUUAAACACAUUCAAUUAUCCAACACUGUUAAUUAUGAGCCUUGAUGUUUUGUUAAAGGUCAUGCUGACACAAGCCCCCUGAAACACCUGUUUGGGAUAGUUGUAGGCUGCUAAAUGUGAUUUACUGUGUGCAGCACAUCAGAUUACGUGUUGGACUACUGCAUUGAUUACUGCACUGAUUGUGAGGAUGGGUUUGUUUGAUAGCCCUUUAUUUCAAUUCUCACAAUCCUCCUGUAAUAUUCUCAACAUCACUGGUAUGCAUAUUGUUCAGAAAACACACGCCUUCAUGAAUCCUAGAAUGUGAAAUGUUGUUUAAGACAAUACGAAAACUGAAAGCUAAUUAGAGAAUGCUGCUAGCUGUACUUGUUUUCAACAUAGCCAUAGCAAUAUGCUUGCAGUCUUUGUUUCUUUAUGCCUGCCACGUGAGGGAAAAAAAGACACUAUUUGCUAAGCAAUUACUGCCUUUUUAUUUGGAAUUCCAGAGCCUGUUGUAGUGACGACCUUGGAAUCUAUGAUUAAAAAAUACUUAUUUUUGUUUAUUAGUGUAUAUACAAUGUUUAAAAUAUUGUAAUAUUUUUUUAAUUAGUAUUUUAGCAGCUUUAGAAUUUGAUAGUGCGCUCGCUUCUGUGGAUACUGUUAUAUUAAUCUCACCAGCCUAGUAUGAACCUUGAAGCUGAAAUGUAUUGAUUGAUGAAAUGAAAGCAUGAGUGACAUGGGCAUUACUUUAAGAAUAUAUGUUUGGAGCUUGAAUACCUGUGCCCUUAAAUUUUUUACGGUCUUUUUUUCCAAAAAGAAAUCCUGCUGAACUUGAGGUUGAUUUUUAGGGAAUUACAUUUGUAAUUUACCACACCUUUUUCGCCUGGGAGUCCACACAUUUUGGGGGUAUUUAUGUUAAUCUCUUAUGCCAAAAUGAAUUCAGAGCUUGAUGUGGAAUAAAAUGAUUAUUGCAAUACAAGAGAUCAUUGUAAUAUAGGAUCUCACAGCUUUGUUCUUGAAAGAGAAAAUAACAUCAAGAAAAAAUGCAUCACCACUCACAGGACAACUGUCCAAGCAGAUUGAUAAAUGUCUUCUAAAUAUAAUGUAUAAUGAAUGUAACAUAAAAUGUUAAUAAUACAGCUUUGGUAGGUAAAACACAUUUUUUUCAUUCUUUUUUAUAGUUUGAACACAAACUGGUAUUUGCACUGGAUUACUUUUGAAGGUAUACAAAAGAUGAAAUCAUUAUUUUUUUUACUAAAUUGUUUAGUUUACCUAAAAAAAAUUUUUUUUUUUAAAGAUUGCGGUCAACUUAUCAUUUAUGAAUCAAUGGGUCCUUCAUUAGAUAUUAGACUUAUGUGGUAGUGUUUGGCACAGGUACCACAACUUGGCAACAGCAUUUGUCCAGUUGCGUUCAAAUGAACUCUGACAGGUCUUGUUAUACACAUUUUCAGGUACCAUGUGUGCACUUGUACUAAAUAAUGGAAAAGUAGAGAGAAGAGAAGAUUUUGUUUGCAGAUCUGGCUUGAAAAUUAAUGGUUACAGCCUCUGUGAUUUAUACAGCACCAACUAGAUUUACAGAUCAUGUGCUAAUUAGUGGUGCUGUUGCAAACCUGUGAACUUGAGGUACAUUUGGCUCUGAGACAAAACUGGACAUUCUCUUUGUAAGUUGUGAGAAAUAUAGUAACAAGCAGUAUUUAUAUUUACUCCAAUAAGAACUUUUAAAAAUGCAAACAUUUAAAUGAAUUUCUUGUCUUAAUUUGGACACUUAAAUGUGGUUCUGUUUCCAAAAACAUAGGAGUAAGUGCCAGUACAGUAUGUGCUGUCUUUAAACUUUCUUAUUUAUUUACACUUUUCUUUUCUUAUUUCUUUACAUAUGUUCCUCAUGGACCAUCUGCAACUGAUAAACUUCGUAUUGAUAAAAAAAUAUACACUCUUUACAAACUAAAAAACGAAGACUAUGCAGUGUAACAAAAUGUCAAAGUCAAGACCUUGUAUUGAUACAGAAAAUAACCUUUCAAUAAUUGAAAAAUAACCUAAUAUUACAUAUAGAGUAAAGAUUCCAUUUCUGAGAAUGUUGUCCUUACUCAUAGAUGCAAACAGCCUUGAGUCUUUUCAGAUUGGGAUUGCUGGCAGUUAUAGCCAUUAUCUACUUUGCCUAGUUUCUGUAUGCUUCGGGCCAGUCUAGGAUCAGGGUUUUCAGUCUUGACUUUUUCAUCUGUAGAAAUUCAGUUAUUGGCUCGCCUCUGGGGUGAAGCUAUAGUCACUGAGCCUGCAACUACUAGGUAUCGUAUCACAUACCUAAGGAAAAGCACCUUCACUUCUGGGUUUCCUGUUCCUAAGCAGCUCAGGUAGGCCCACGCCACAAUAGCGUUAUAGCAUGUUUGAAAGUAUAUGUAAACAACUAAAAUUGUUUGUCUUUUUAUCUCCAUAUGAUGUUACUAAGCAUUCAGUCUGUGAAGACAGCAGAUUACAGAGUGUUUUUUUUUUCCUUUUGGAAAUCAACUUUGAUGAGUUGACAGUCUGGAUUAGUUUGUGUGAUUAAUUAUCUACCCAUGUGUAACGACUAUUUGUAGGACUAAAAUAUAUCACAAAGGUGUACACUUUAGUUUCAUGAGAAUUAAAGUCUAAUGACUCCAAAGCAUCAGUUAUUAAUGCACCUCACAUCUUUAGUCACUUUGUCUAAAUUAUUUACUGUAUAAGUUGAUAUCAGAUUUUUCAAUUAAAACCCGUUAAAAUGUUACUGUACAUUUAGUAGAUGAAUACAAGUUUAAGCAUUGCAUAUUGCUUAUUUUUCCAUUGUUUUAAAAAGAGUAUAACCUUUUCUCCCCUCCCCCCCACAAAAUUGGUUUUUUUUUUACACAAUUUUAGAUGGUUCUUGGGCUUUAAGAUUGUUAUUCUUUAAAGAUUUAUUUUAAAUUCAGUGUGCAUAUGCUUUUAUAUACAUUUUACAAUUUAUUACAGUCUUUCCACUGGUACUUUUUGUGAAAUCUGAAUAUUUUGUUUUGUUCUGCUAAGUACAUUUUCUCAGUAUUUUUACAAUAGGUUGUGCAUAUGUCUAGUCAUAACAUUAUGGUUUUUAAGAAUAGUCUCUUCUUAAAAACUGCUUAGCUAUUAUUAAGAUCAAUUAACAAUUAAAAAUAACGAAAAUGUCUUUAGAAAUGAAGCUCUAGGCUUUGAAAGGAUUGUAAACAAAAUAAUUAGGAAGUCUUGAAUUUGCAGAAAUGUUUUUUAAUUGAGACACUGCAUUCUAUUACCUUCAGUUUUAUUGGAUUAAAACCUAAUUAAAACCUAAUGGGAUAUUGUUUGAAGAUGUCAAUACAGAAUGUUUUUUUAAUUUUUAUUCACUCAUACAAAUAAUAUAAAAAUCAUCUAUAAUUGUGUUUUGUCUAGAAAUUACCUUUUAAAAUAUCAUCAAUGGUUUACAAUGCUGUAGUUUUUAGUUCAGCAUUAGAACUCUCUAUAUAUAGUAAAUAUGUAAUUAAGAGGUGGACAUUAAUGCCAUAUUAAAAGAGCAGAGGUCCCUGAGUUAAUUUUUUUAAUUCUGUUCCAAAAUACACGAGCUACUGUACAUGUAAUGUAAUGAUGUAUGGAUUUUGAUAGCAAAGCAAAAUAAGUCUAUUGUAAUUAUUUUGAAAGUUAUAUCGUUAGAAUUUGAAAUGGAAAUGCUGCCUUACCUGUACCAUAAUUUUUUCAGGGACGACACUUUUGUUUACCAGAUAGUAAUGAAGCAAGAAAAUCAAACUAUAAAUGCAUCACACUUCCUUGCACGUUCAAUAUCUAAUUCCACUUUCUGUCUAGUUCAAAAUUAAUUUAGUCCGUGUGUGUGCCUCAAAAUGUCAUUUUACAUCAGAACCUGUCCCUUUUAAUGGCAGGAGAUUCUAGGGGUGUUGCAGAAUAUAAAUAUAUACAGUCUGUUUAAGGUAUUUAUGUUAUUCAUAGAACUGUUGGAUGGAAAAUGUAAGAGUACAGGAAGAAGGAUUUUUUUCCAAAGCUUUAAAAAGCAGUAACUGCCUCACAUUUCUCUUUUGCCUGACUUAUUGGGUGUUUCUCAUGCAUACAGUAAUUGCCAAAUGGUGAGGUUAUCUGGUGGAGAGCAUUUAAUAAAUGGUAAACCCCACAGAUGCUCCUGUGCUUUCUUGUAAGUAAAUCUAAGCAGUAUAUAGCAGCUUCUGUAUUGUGAUUAUCAGUAUACAGUAUAUAGCUGGAGGAUUCAGAAGGAAACAGAACAUCUCUUCCCAGUGUUUGUGUAGGCACUGAUCACUAUAAUUCAAAGCUUUUGUUCUUACCUCUGUGUAAUGGUUGAACCUCAAUUCAUAUUUCCUCAUUUAUCUAUUGUUUUUGUUUUUCGUUUCAUCAGGAUUAUGUAAUGCUGGAGCAUGAGGUGUGUGGCCUUCAUUCCCUUAGUAAUGUGAAGCAAAGAAAACUGUUUCAGCUCGUAAUUAUGCAAAAUACAUGAGAAUACUAUACAAGAGCUUUGUGACUUAGAGCAGUAAAAAAAAAAAUCAAGCUUGUCAACCAAGUCCCUGAAAUGAAAAACAAGUUUAUAAAAAGGAAUUCCUGUCAUAGGCUAAAACGAUGUUACACAUCCCUUUGCAAAUGUUACUUUGGAACACCAAAGUACAUAUAUCAUGAUGCAGUAGGCAAGUCAGUACUAAAGGGUUGUAGACCCCAGCCUCAGCCAGAAGCCGAGGAAAAGUGUGGUUUUAGUCCAAACUGCCACGCAUGAUAAUCAUGACAAUCAUUUAGAUUUUUUUAAUCACUAGAAGUGAGUGACAUACAGCGGUGUACUGUAAUUGUGUGUGAAAAGGGGACUCCAAUCUGCAUUCUAAAGCUGCUCUAUAGUCACUGGUUUUGCUGUUGGUACUAAAUGUUUUUUUUCUCUGUGCUGCCCUUUGUGAAAUGCUAUGCUGUGUCGAAAGGAAAAGGUUUACGCACUGAAUGGAGUUGUGGUGCAUAAUUUCCAUUUUCUUGUCCAGUGUGCCAUGUUUGUCUUUAAUGCAUUCAACGCCUUUUGUUAAAACACAUUUAAAAGGACCCAUACCACUAAUCUGCUAGAAAUAUGACACUGUAAUAUGGAAUAGUUAGACAUACUAUUACAAUGUACGAUAAUACAUAUAAGUUAGAUAUAAACCAUGACCAUGAUAACAGGAAAAUAAAUUAAAACUGGUCAAGUCAUUGAAUCCAAAGAAACCACAUAUUUAGCUUUGGGUACAGUUGCAUUGCUACGUAAUUAAAGUCAAAACGUGCUCAACGGCACAUUUCUUCAUUCCUGCUUCCUGAGUCGGAUAGUAUUCGAUUUUAUUCUAGUAUGCGACUAGUAAAAAAGCAUGCAAUUUCUUUCUUUUACCUAGGUGCAUUUCUACAGUAUCAUAUUCUUUAAUGUUUAGCAAUUCCUCGAGAUCUUCUUUUAAUUCGCUUCGCUCCUUUUGAAUUACAACCCCUGAGGAAUUUGACAGGAGAACUGUGACAAGUCAAUGAAAAUGGUGCGUGACAUCUCUAAAAAAAUGUAAGCAAUACAGAGAAAGUUGAUCAGUAUGUAGUGUCUUGUGUUAAUAAUAAAACGAUUAAAAAGGCUCUUUAAUUGGAGCUUUCGGAGUUAUAGACAGAAUAUGCUUUAGCCCUAGAAAAUGGUGCUUUUGCAUACAACAUGCAAGCUUUAAAAGGUGAACGCAUAUACGGAGCAGUAGAGGUUGAUAACGCUACAUAGUUUAAACUGCGAAGUGCUUUGCAGAUUAAGCCCGAUUUUGACACUAUACUUACUUGCCUGGAGUCUUCCAAAUGUAACAAUAAACGGAAAUACAAUCA